AUGUCUCUUCAAGGCAAGGUCGUCCUCGUAACCGGAGGCUCCAAGGGCAUCGGGAGGGCCAUAUGCUCUCGAGCAGCGAGUCUCGGUGCAAACGUCGUCAUCAACUACUCCAGAGACAGUGUCCCAGCUGAUGCGCUCGUGAAAGAGAUUGGCGCGGACAAGGCGUUGGCGGUGCAAGCGGAUGUUUCCAAGGUGUCCGAAAUCGAGAAGCUCAUCAACGCAGCUGUUGCCAAGUUCGGCCGCGUCGAUGUUCUCGUCCCGAAUGCGGGCAUCAUGCCGCUGCAGCCUCUUGCCGGUACAACCGAAGAAACGUUUGACAAGGUGUACGACCUCAAUGUCAAAGGCCCCUUCUUCCUCGCCCAGAAGGCCGUGCCACACAUGCCGUCCGGAGGUCGCAUCGUCUUCAUCUCGACCGGCAUCGCACGCAACAGCGCGGUGCCGCCGCCUUAUCUUCUCUACGCGUCAUCCAAGGGCGCCGUUGAACAAAUGACACGCGUGCUGGCAAAGGAGCUCGGGGCGAAGGGCAUCACCGUGAAUGCGGUCGCGCCCGGUCCCACGGCAACCGACCUUUUCAUGGAGGGUAAGCCCGAGGCGAUGAUCAAGGGUAUCGCAGCACAGAGCCCGUUCAACAGGCUUGGCAACCCUAGUGAGAUUGCCAAUUUGGUGACUUUCAUCGCGAGCCAGGAGAGCGCGUGGGUGUCGGGGCAGAUUAUUGGUGCGAAUGGCGCGGGUUUUGUUUAA